GAGGGAAAAACUUCAGUUUGAUGCCAUUGUUUUCUGCACGCAGAAAAUGUUUUGUGCCAGUUUUUCCGCGAUUUAGCAGCGAUAACCGCUGAGUAGGAGAUAAAUAGUCAAGUCAUAAGUUAGAGAAUCUUUCAGUGCGGCCAAUUAAAGUGAAAAUGGAGCAGAAGAAUAACAGGGGAAACAGCAAUGUGUUUGCUGAGCUUCACGAGAUGUUUGGAGAGUGCGUGCCACGCAACGUGAUUAACGAGAUAGGCAACAGGAUGUCCUGGGAUGUCACGAGCACGGUGGAUCAGCUGAUCAAGUACAUUGAGCAGCGAAACGAGGGCAAGGUCGCUGGCGAAGAGGUGAAAAUCCAAUACAAGGUGUCUGAGUGUCAGGAGAAUGAUCGGGAUUUGGAUGUUCUCAUUGAGUCGGAGAACUUUUCUGGGCCAUCAGCGGCAAAUGAAAUGCCAGCGAGAGCCACGGGUGCCAUACGGAAGCAGCCACAGCAGAAGGCGCCGAACUUCGCGGACUUUCUCAAGGGCGGGAACAAUGUGUUCCAAGACAUCACGCCGAAGAAGCAGCCGGAAGUCGCGAAAAUCACUCACCCACUGAUGGAGGAGGUGUGCAAGGAGAUAAACUCAGGAAUUAGAGUCAUGGUGCUGAUGAGGGGUCUUCCGGGCAGCGGGAAGACCUACCUGGCGAGGAAGAUCGUCGAUCAGACGGCUGGUGGUGACUACAGACGCCACAUUUUCAGCUCAGACAACUUCUUCUACGACGUCAACGGUGUCUACAAGUAUGAUAUUGACAAGCUGUCCGAGGCGCAUCUGUUCAACCAAAACUGCGUGUUCAAGAAGGCCUACGAUGGCUGGAGUCCGAUCAUUGUGGACAACACGAGCAUGAAGCUGUGGGAGUUGCACAUUUACUGCAAAUAUGCCGUCCAGUUUGGCUACGUGGUGCGCGUGCUGGAGCCCACGACACCCUGGGCGUGGAAUGUGUCCCGCCUCAGCCAGAUGAAUGUGCAUUCCGUGCCUCGGGACUCCAUCGAGCGCAUGCUGCUCAAGUACGAGACACUAUCCGGCGAGCAGGAGCUCUUGAGCAUCUUUCAGAUGACCUAUCCAGUGCCCAUGCCCCAUCUCAGGUACCAUCCGCCCAUCGAAAUCACCCCGCCGCAGCCCUCACCGCCGGCGGAGAUCCACAAUGAUCUGAGGGACAAAUCAGAGGCGUCUGUAUCGAGUGACGACAGUCCUCUCGUCACUCCCGAGCACAUGGCCGUCGAUUGGCCAACGCAUGAAACCGAAGCGAACACGUUUUGGAGUACAAACACCGCUCCGGAGUCGGACGGGAUCAGUUCGAGUCCGUCCGUCGAGGUGAAAGAGCAGAGAACGCAGAGGAAGAACAGUUUACCUGAAAACUCCUUGCUCGAUUUGCUAAAAGAGACAAUCAUGCCGAAGAAGGAGAACAACACAGUCAUUAAAGCCGUGAAACUUGAGAAGCAUCGCAAGGGAUGCAGGAAUGAAAAUGAGUCGUUCGUUCAAGUGCGCCAAAUUUAUCCAUCCAUCCCUGUUCAGUAUCUCUGGGAUCUGUUUGUCAAUUGCAACGGUGACAUUGAGUGGACGGUGGAUAUAAUAUUGCAAGAUGAGAUUGCAGUGCCUGAACUGAGCGAGACGACUGCAGCUAAUGAUUUAUCGUGCUCUUGUGAUGGUCUGGAGUACGCAGAGACUCCCUGGGAGAGUACAGAAACUGAAUCGUCGCCUGUACAGACGAAAAAGAUUAACAUUCCCACAUCGCAGCGUCAGCGAAGUGGUCGCAAGAAUGCGGAGAACGAUGAGUUGGCGGCGGUGGCGAAGAGGAGAAUCGAGGAAGCGAUCAGUAUCAAUAAUGAGCACUACUCGGAUCACGUGAAGAAGAUCAGGGACAUCAGGAGGGGGAUUUUUCCCACUCCUUCAACGUCAUCGGACAUGGUAACGGAGUCUCCGGACAGUUUCGAGAUGGGAGCCUGUGCAGUGACGCGGAAUCGCGAGGAGUCGCCGUCGUCGGAGACUUCUGAUCCGGAAGAUGAGGUGGUGAUUGAGGUGGAUCUGGGCGAGACGUUGAUCAAGCACAUGGAGAACCUCUUCUUCGAUGGCGGCAUAUGUGAGAAGCCGAAGGACUUGAAGAGCACGGUGUUCAUGCCAAUGUCACUGCUGAGGCAACUGCAUGCGCUCUGGGUGGAGUCGAUGUUUAAUCAGCUGGAGGAGCAGCGUGCUAGGGAGCUCGCGGAGGAUGAGAAGUACUCCAAAUGGCUGGUGAUGAAGGAUUAUGCCCAGAGUCCGGACUCUUUCCUGCAGGACGGGGUGGAUGUGGGUGAUAUGGCGGACAUGGAGUUGGCCUGGGAGGCGUACAAGAAGGAGCAGUGGCGCAGUUCCACGCCACAGGAUCUCGCAUCGCAACUCACGCGGCAGAAGUUGUAUGAGACCUUCCCGGACGCGGAUAAGACCUUCCUGGACGAGAUUCUGGCGUCCAAUGGCCAUAAAUUCGUGCCCACUGUGGAGCUUCUCAUGCAUUCACUGGGAAUGGAGAGGAGAGACGUGAAGAACAAUGGACUGAAGAUCAUUGAGGAGAUGAAGCAGGAGAAUGACAAGAUGGAGCAGAAGGAGAAGCAACAGCCGACGAGCAAGGGAGACGAGAAGGAUAGCGCAGUACGGAAGCGCAACGAGGUGCUGUUGGACUUUGAGGAGAAUCGCAACAAGGCGAGUUAUCACACGCAGCUCAAGCAGGAGUGCUAUCAGAAGGCGCAGGAUGCCAUGCGGAAGAAUCUGGCAGGCGUGGUGGGAUACUACAAUCAGGUGGCGAAUCUGCACAAGCGAAAGAUCGACGAGUACAAUCACAGGGCGGCGAAUUGUAUUGUGGAGGCCCACGAUUUGCAGCAGAAGAACUCAGACAUGCUGGAUCUGCACUAUCUUCACGUCACAGAGGCGAUUGUGUGCCUGGACUUGUUUUUGGAUCGUCAUAUCAACUACUUGCGGACAAGGAAGAAACCAUACAAAUUUGUCUUUGUCAUCACGGGCCGCGGAUUGCACAGUGCCAGAGGCGUGCCCACGAUCAAGAACAAAGCCAAGCUUCAUCUCGUGCAGCGAUAUCUUAAGUGCACAGAAGUGAAUCCGGGGCUGCUGAAAGUGAAAUUAUUCUACAACUCGAAAAUGUCCGAAGAAUUCUGACAAGAAGCUGCUUUUGAUUGCCAUCAUCUUUUAAGGCUUUACUGGCUUUACCACAGUUUAGCACAUAUUACACCGUAUACUUAUGAUCGACAAAGUUAAGAGACAAGCGUGACCAAAAUAUUUUUUUUUUCACCAUUUGUAAAUCAUUUUCAGGUAAUUUUUACUGAAUCAGGAUACUAGAAUUAAGUGAAUGUACCUGAAUUGUGAUUGAUUCAUUAGACAAAGACUAUACUUAAGCUCAUAUUUAAGUGAUUGAUCGAAUAAUUUUUAUGAAAUUUUCUAUGACAUCGAAGUUAAUUCUUUGAAAUAAAAAUUAAUUACGCUGGUGC